AAACAUAUCUCCACACAGGGCGACAACUCUGUCGCUGCCUCUUCGCUCCAACUCUGGCUCAUACAUAUAUAUGUCCGAGUGUAGAAUUAUCAUUUUUUUGUUGCCGAAAAACAUUGUUUCGUGGUGAGAGCGAGGGCGCCAUCCUAAAUGGCAUUGCACGACCGCCGGGAGCGAGCCGAGCGAACAACGAAUACCACCGCGUCCAAGUGUACGAGACGAGACUCGGCCAGCGCCAGGGCCAGCGAUUCCCCCGUCUAGAGUCUAGACUCCUAGAUAGCGCGGAGGAGUCCUGCACGUACACCGACCCCGACUCGAUCCGUUUCCAACGAAGUGCGCGUGCCGCCAGAGGAGCACCAUGUGCGAAGUGUGCGCCGACUUCCAGAAUCUCCUCGAACUGUACGAGGUGCGCGUGGCCAGUUCAGAUCUGAAAUUCCAGCUGCUGCUGAAGAGCGAGAUCGAGACGACGUUCAACUACAUUCAGUCCUGGCCGCAGCGCCAGUGCAUGUGCCUGUACCGGGACACCAAGAACUACGAUAGGUUUAACCUGGUGGUGCAGUCGCUCAUCUGCUUGACGGUACAGCACCUGAAGCACAUUGAUCACCUCAUCGACAACUACAAAAGGCUCACGGCUAGCGCGGCCCAGGUGGUGGCCCAGGCGCAGCAGCAACAACAACAACAGCGUGAUGAAGCAGAUUCGCAAUCGGAGGCGACCAAGGAUGCUGCUGCCACAGGUCAGGAGGAGAGCAAGAAAGAAGAGCCGACCGGCAUCGAGGAGACCCAGGGCUCGGGCGAUGGACCGACUAAGAAGCCCCACACUCCAGUGGGUCCCAGCACUCCGCCGCCACUGCCUCCGACGCCGACACAUAAACCCCAUCUGCAGUACACCGAGGAGCCUUGGAUCCUGCCCGAGGUGGAAAAGCUGCUGGUGCUGGUGUCCAAGGUGUUCCUCCUCAACUUCCCGCUGUAUAUUGCCCACAAGCAUGGCAUGCACUCGCGCCUGGACGACCUGCAGGCAGAGGAGGCCCACCACCUGGCCCUUAUCUGCGAUCUGCAUGACAACGACCUGCCCAUUUACCUGCUGCGCAACGUAAGCCUCUUUUGCAAUUCGGGUGGCUUUGGGGCCAUGUCUCUUUGCUUUGAGCAUCCCGAUUUGCCGGUAUCCACCGCGCACUCGAUGACCGCCGCCAUCUCAAACGUGAAGCUCUGGCUGAACUACCACUGCAACACGCAGCUGUUUGUGCCGCUGCGCAGUCGCAUCCUGCAGUAUAUGUGCAAGCUGUCGGACCAAAGUUUACGCUCAGCCGCCACCCGUGCCAUGGCGGACUUUGUGUGGUCCUCGAUGCGGGAUCCCCUGGAUGUGACGGUGAACUUUGACACCGAGGGUUUGGCUUUGGCCUUUAAGUACUUUACAUCGACGACUCUGACCAUGAGGCUGGCAGGCAUGGCCCAAAUCAAUGCCCACAUCAAUCUCUUCAACGAAAUCUGCACCACGGAAACGGUGAGCGAGGUGGAACUCUUUGGCCAGCGCAUUGCCAACUGGCUGACUGAAAACCAUAUAGUCCAGCAUCUCUUUGGUCCCAAUCUGCAUGUGGAGAUUGUGAAGCAGGCCCAUGUCCUGCUCAAUUUUUUGGCCGUGGAAAACCAAAUCUCUGAGGAGGACAUCAAGCUCAUAUGGCAGGCCACACAGCUGAAGCAUUGCUCCAAGACCAUCUAUGAUAUACUGCCCUCGCUGGUCAAAAAUCUGGCUCCGCGUCCGGCCAUGCAUCUUUACUCGCUGCUCUGCCGCAUGGAUCCCAAGGAGCACACCGAGCAGAGCAUCUACAUUGCCUCGGCUCUGACCAAGCAGCUGUGGUCAAGGGAAUGCUCGCGGACUCAGAUGAACCUGAUGCAGGAUCACCUGCUGGGCUCCAAUGUCACCGCCUCGAGCUCGGACAGCGGCAGCAUCGAGGGCAGCAAUACGGAGGAUGACCAUGUGGCCGAUGACAGCAGUAUUGCAAGUGGAGGAGGAGUUGGAAUUGGCCAAAAGAGUCCCAUAGAUGGGGUUACGCCGUGCAAGCAGGCGCGUCAUAGGCGACACAUUUGUGAUCCCACCACCGAGAAGGGCAACUCUCUAGGAGCUGAGGACCUGGCCAAGGUGGACUUGGUAAACAACCGCAUUGUCAACAUUAUCGACAACACCAGCAGCGAGGAGGAGCUGCAGUCGCGGGCUGCCUUGGAACUCCAGUUGCAUCGAAGCCGGAAAAAGACCAGCAACAAGCGGCGCCGCCUUAAGACCAGCAAGCAGCUGAUGCUACCCCACGAGCUGGUGGAGAUCUGGGAUGGAGGCGAGGAUGUCCCCAGCAGCGAUGAGGCCGAUGGUGAGGGUGAUGCUGAGGGUGAUGGCGAAGGUGAGCUCCUGGCUGAUAGCGACGAGUGCAGCGAUGGAGCAGCCAGCAGCCAGCUGGUCCCAGACGCUGUCCUCAAGCAUCUCCAGGGUGAAGGACCCUACAUCCGUGCCAUCGAAACCAACAUCAGUGAACUGCUUAGCGGCGCCGAGAACGACGGCAGCUACUCCUCCCCCAUGAGCAACAAGUCGGAGAAGAACCUGGCCGACUUUGAUGACGAAGAUGUCUCGCCCUGCGAGGAAGAGCUAGCCCAGUUGGUCAGCUCUCGCCGAGAUGUUCCACCAGCGUUUGCUGCGGCAGCUGCUGCCAUGAUGGUGGCCCAAUCGGCCAUGGCUCUACAGAAAUCUGGUGAGUCAAAUGUGGCAGCUGCUGCAGCUGCCGUAGCCGCUGCUGCGGCGGCCACCGGAAAUGCCCAGCAAACCCUGGCGGCCAUGAAUCGUCAGGCCAGUGUGGCAGCUGCCGCUGCUGCUGCCGUGGCUGUGGCUGCUGCGGCGAAGGCCAAGUCGGAUUCGGAUGUUGAUCUGCUGGAAGUGAGUCCGGGCAAGCAGCACCAAUCGCCCAAGGCGGGGGUGCAGCCCUCCUUUAAGCUGAACGACGUGUGCCAGCCGGGGAACACGCUGCUCUGGGAUCUCCUACAGGACAAUAAGAUUGGUCAACUGGGUGAAUCCCUGGCCUUGGAGGCGGAGAAGGCUCUGGCCACUCUGCUGUGCUUCAGCAUGGACCGCCAGCUGCGUACCAAGUUCAUCGAGGGCUGCCUGUACAAUGUGGCGAACAACAGGAGUGUUAUAGUCAGCCUCCGCCUGCUGCCCAAGCUGUUUGCCUCCUUCCAGCAGUUCCGACCCUCGGACACCCACUCGAUGACACUGUGGGCAGAGCGCAAUCACCGGAUGAUGCAGUGCUUCUUCAACAACAUACGUUACUAUGCCCGCCGCCAUGCCGAGCAGCUAGCGAGCCAGAAUGGUGAACAGCCGCCGCAGAUGUACUCCCACAAGACCCAGGUCUCUGUGCGGCUGCAGUUCCUCUCCUCAAUCUUCUCCUCGGUGGGCUCGCCCAAGAGCUUCCGCCUGACCUUGGAUCAACUGGAUGCUUUGUGGGAGUGGCUGGCCCAUGAUCCUGAGUGUGCCGAUUGCUACUUUUCUUGGCUGCAGGCCCAGGCCAAGGGGGGUGACCAGCAUGCCCUGGGCCUGGAGGCACUUCAGCAUUUGUAUUUGAAGAAACUGCCGGAGCUGAGGCCCGAAGAGUUCUCCAUGGUGGCUUUGGGCUUGUUCCAGCAGCUGUGCAGCUUUGCUCGCAUCGCCAUGGCCGAGUAUGAUAAGCACAGCGAGCAGAUCUCCUCCAGCGCCAGUGCCGUGGGCAUGUAUCACCUGUGGAAGAUUGCCCUGCGAGCCCAAAGCAAUGAGGUCUCACUAGCGGCUAUACAAUACAUCAACAUGUAUUACAUGGGCCAGCAGCUGCGCCUGGAGAAAGAGUUUGUGUCGCAGUGCAUGGACAACCUGGUGCAGACGGCAACAGCUUUGGAGAGUAUCGAUGAUGAGACCGCUUUGAUGCGGGUGCAGCGUGGUUUGCUCCUGCUAAACACUCAUUUGGAUACCUUCCGGCGCCGCUAUGCCUUCCAUCUCCGCCGCUGGGCCAUCGAGGGCAAGGGUAUUGGUUCGCACAGCAACCUUAAAAACGAGGGCGCGGGCCCGCCUUUGCGUAUUGUCCUGCAGCAGGCUGGACUCUCGGAAAAGAGCGUGCUGCAGAUGCAUGCCUGCGACUUGAUAGCUGACCUCAAGGCGGAGGUCUCCAAAUGGUGGGAGAGCCUGCAAACGGGUUUGGUGGCUCCCGUCCUAGGCCUCCUGCUCAGCGAUGGACCGCUGCGCAUCAUUACCCAGGGCCAGGAGCUGACCUCGGACUAUGACGAACGCAGCCUGGGGGAUGCCGGCUUCAAGGAUAACCAAAUUGUGUACGUCUCCCUGGGUGGACGUGGCGCCAGGCGUAAGGAAUCCAACCUGGAGCAUCCGUCGAUGCUUCCGCCCCCCCCAAAGGAGUGCCUGCCCACGGUGCUUCUCCUGCAGCCCAAGUAUUUCGAGAAGCUCUUCUGCCUGAUGCAGACCCUGGGCGACAUGAAGCCCCAGAUCUCGGCUGGAAAUCUUCAGCAUCACACAAAGGCCCAGCUGCUGUCGCGUCGCGUGUGGGACAUCCUGGCCAUGCUGCCCACCAAUCCCCACAUUCUGGAUGCCUUUAAAAGCCUUCUGGGGGAUCUCAAUGAACUGGAACAGCUGGAGGCUGCCGGGGAGGAGGAGCAGCUGGCCUCCAAGCGCAAGCAGAUCAAGCAAAAGUUCAAGGAUCUUCUGGAUCCCAACAACCUGCAGAAAUUCAUGUACUCCCUGCACAUUGUGGAGAGCCUGGCUCUCAGUAGUUCCCGGCGAGGCAACGAGGCCAAUGGCAGUGUGGAGCAGAUUCGCGUGAAGAAGUCCUCCAUGGGCAGGCGGCGUAACAGCAACGAGCAGCAGCCACCGCCGCCGCCAGCACCAGCGCCAGAUGCCAAGCCGGAGGAGGAGCCGCUGACCCCCACGCCCAAUCCUGGCCAGCAGGAUACGGAGACGGAGGCCAGCAGCAGCAGCAGUGGCGGCGACAAGGAGAACCAGCCCAAACAGCACAGCAAGCGGCAGAAAAAGAUUGAAGCCUUCGAACAGCAGGAAAAGGAGCAGCGUCCCCUGGGCUGCUCGACGCCGCCGUCACCCUCCCCAGCCCCUCCUCCCCCACCGCUGGCCGCCAUGGAGAGAGGGGACAACAAGUGGAGCGAGGCUUUCGUCAAGUGUGGUGGCCUGCGGCAUCUCUACGAGAUCUUUAGCGGCGGUCAGCUGCAGCAGAGCUCGCAUCCCAAGGAGUUGGCUCUCAACGAGUGGCGUCACGACUGUCUCGCCAGCCUGCUGCGCAUCAUCUGGCUGCUGGGGUUCGAGGAGCUGCACUCCCCCGACGUACACGUGCUGAUGUCGCGACCAUACAGCUUUAUGCUGCAGCUGAUGGAGGUGCCCGAGUGCCUGGCGCGGCUCUCCUCCAUACUCAAUGACGAGGUUCACCAGCAGCAACAAGUGGCCUCGGCCAGCUCUCUGGUGUUUCCCUACCAGUUCCAUCAGCUGCGCACGGGCUUCUGGGGCCGGGCCCAGCUCAUCCAGUUCGCCAUGAACAUACUGGUGAGCUUUGUCCAUGCCUCAGCGGAGGCCAGGAGGUUGCUUUGGGCCCAGGCGGAUGGUGAUCACUGUCGGUGGCUGCAGAAGUUUAUACUGGAGGAUCCCGAGCCAGCUGUGCGGCGCGAGAUCUGUGCCGGACUCUAUCGAAUUUGCCUGGGCCAUGCCCACAGCUAUCGCCUCCUGCUGGCGCCGCUGCUGCACAAGCUCAUAGCCUUGCUGCCCCUGGCCGAGCAGAUGAGCUCGGGGGCCCAGCAUACGCAGUUCCUACUCUCUGAGGAGGGCAAGGAGCCGUAUGGACCUGCCUGCAGGGACUACUUUUGGCUGCUGGCUCGACUGGUGGACACCCUCUCGCCGGAAAUGGUGGCCGAGGAGCACAUUGACAUCGAAAUGCUGUGCGAAAGCAUCUCGCAGAGCAUCCUCACGCGGGACUACUUUGAGCUGCGACACGGCUUCCAGGACGAUGGACUGGUGGGGCUGCUCAACCUCAUGUCUAACCUGAUCAAGUACGACACCUCCUUCAAGUACACGCCCAAGGCGUUGUCCUUCAUCGAGCAGCUGAUUGGCUUUCUGUUUGAUAUGCCCUCGCCGGCGGAUCGUCAGAAGCCCAAGUGCAAGUCGGGCACCUCACGGGCGGCUGCCUAUGAUCUGCUGGUGGAGCUGUCAAGGGGCUGUGCCACAAACUAUGCCUAUCUCCAUGGACGCCUCCUGGCCCAGCACAAGUCGGGACCCAAACAGCCGUAUCCCUGGGACUAUUGGCCACGCGACGAGGGGCGCUCCGAAUGCGGCUAUGUGGGAUUGACCAACCUGGGAGCCACCUGCUACAUGGCCUCUUGUGUCCAGCAUUUGUACAUGAUGCCGCAGGCCAGGGCAGCAAUUCUAAGGGUUCCCCAACUCGGGGCCCAGAAGCAUGGACCCACGCUGCUGGAGCUGCAAAGGAUGUUUGCCUACCUGCUGGAAUCCGAGAGAAAGGCUUACAAUCCGCGCAGCUUCUGCCGUGUCUACCAGAUGGACCACCAGCCGCUGAACACGGGCGAGCAGAAGGACAUGGCGGAGUUCUUCAUUGAUCUGGUGUCCAAGCUGGAGGAGAUGACUCCCGAAUUGAAGCACUUGGUGAAGAGGCUGUUCUCUGGAACCCUCAGCAACAAUGUUGUGUCCCUGGACUGCGGCCAUGUCUCCCGCACUGCCGAGGAGUUUUAUACAGUGCGCUGCCAGGUGGCGGACAUGCGCAACCUUCAGGAAUCUCUGGAUGAGGUUACCGUGAAGGACACCCUGGAGGGUGACAACAUGUACACCUGCUCGCAGUGUGGGAAGAAGGUGCGAGCCGAGAAGAGGGCCUGCUUCAAGAAGCUGCCGCAGAUCCUGUGUUUCAACACCAUGCGUUACACCUUCAACAUGGUCACCAUGCUCAAGGAGAAGGUCAACACGCAUUUCUCCUUUCCUCUGAGGCUGAACAUGUGCCACUAUGUGGAAAAGACCCUGAUGCCGCAGCAGUACAAGGAGGAGCGGGAGAAGCGGCUAAGGGAGCGGGAGAACGAUGAGGCAGAGCCGGGCAGAGGCGAGGAGAACGACAAUGAAAGGGCAGAGGCAUCCCUAGAUGCGGACAUUGAGGAGUGCUACGAGUACGAGCUAGUGGGGGUCACGGUACACACGGGCACUGCGGAUGGCGGCCACUACUACAGCUUCAUCAAGGAGCGAACGAAGAGCAGCUACCAUCCGCACGAGCGCUGGUUCCUGUUCAACGAUGCCGAGGUGAAGCCCUUUGAUCCCUCCCAGAUAGCAGCCGAGUGUUUUGGUGGCGAGAUGACGAGCAAGACCUACGAUUCUGUGACCGAAAAGUAUUUAGACUUUAGCUUUGAGAAGACCAACUCCGCCUACAUGCUGUUUUACGAACGGCGACUGCCGGAGCACCUGCAGCGCCGGCACUCCGAGCUGCUGGUCACGCCCACGCCCAGUCCCACCGUAGAGGAGAAAUUGGAGGUUGAAGAGCCCACUACGCUAGAAAGCAAGUCGGAGGUGGAGGUGAAAGAUGAAGGGGAUAAGGAUAAGGAUAAGGAGAAAGAGCAGCUGGUUAAGGAAGACAGCAAAGAGGAGGCCAAGCCUAAAGAGGAAGAUUCAGAGAAGAAAGAGUCGCCAGCACAAGAUCGGAAAAAGUUAGAAACGGCGGCUAAGACAUGUGAACUGAGCCCGGAGGAUGUGGAGAAGCCAACAGCCAAUUGUGAUAAUCAUAAGCCAAGCAACAAUAGCCACAACAAAGCCAGCAACGACCCGCAGCCCUCCACAUCGAAGGCUGCCCAGAAGCUGCAACUAUUUCGUCCAUUGCUAAAUAAGGAGCUUGAGGAUUGGAUCUGGCAGGAUAACCGCCAAUUCCUGCAGGAUCGCAACAUCUUUGAGCACACCUAUUUCAACUUUAUGUGGCAGAUCUGUGGCCACAUACCCCAGUCCUUGAUAUCGGAGUCGGACGUCACUUGUAUGGCCGCUAAGCUGUCGGUGUCGUUCUUUAUCGAGACCUUCAUUCACGCCAAGGAGAAGCCCACCAUGGUGCCCUGGGUGGAGCUUCUCACCAAGCAGUUCAAUGCCAGCCAGGAGGCUUGCGAGUGGUUCCUCUCGCACAUGUCUGUGGAGCCCUUCUGGCCCGUGCAGGUACUCAUCCAGUGUCCCAACCAGAUGGUGCGGCAAAUGUUCCAGCGCCUGGUCGUCCAUGUGAUCCAAAGGCUGCGGGCCUCCCAUGCGGACCUGUAUCUGGAUGUGGAGACGGAUGAGGACGACAAGGAGCUGAUUGGCCAGGCCUCGUGUGUGACCCGUUUCAUAGGUUCGCUCAUCUCGCUGCUGGAGCACGGAGCCCGAUCUCACCUGCGCCACCUCUCGGAGUACUUUAGCCUGCUGUGCGAGUUCUCGCGCAUGGGAGACGAGGAGGCCAUGUUCCUGCUACGCAUUGGGAUACUAAAGAGCCUGGUGGACUUUUAUUUGGGCCACAAGCAAACGGAUAGCAUCGACAUCAGCUCGGACAACGAGGACAACUCAUCGGACGAGGCGCUGUCGGUGGAGAAGAUGCGGCCCGCUUCCCUGGACAAGAUGAUAGCCCUGUGCGCCAGCCUGGUGGAGAGAUCCCGGGGCGCUGACUUCCGGCUAAGGCUGUCGCCUAAAGACUUCAGUGCGAUUGCCGGCGGCAAGGGAUUUCCAUUUUUGUAUCAACAAAUAAAGGACGGCAUUAAUCCGCACCAGACCAAGCAUUUAAUCCACGCCUUGUGCCGCUGGGACGAGCGGCUGGCCACGCAAAUAAUUGGCAUGCUCUUCGCCUCGGUGACCAAGCACACGGAACUGUGCGCGCCCUUCUUCAAGCUGCUCACCCUGCUCACCGAGACGCAGGCGGGGCCAGUGGGUCUGCCCUGCUUCACCCAGCUUAUACUGCCGCGCAUGUGGGAUGCGGCCGAGUACUGCCCGCAGUCGGUGCUCGAUUGGCUUUCGUUGCAGGCCACCAAGAACAAGAUAGCGCACACCUGGAUUCUCCAGUCCGCGGAACAGUGGCUGGAGCAGUUCCUGCUGGCCCAUGACAACACGCGUGUGAGGAAUGCUGCCGCCUUCCUGCUGGUGGCUUUGGUGCCGUCGCAGCCUUUCCGGGCCAACUUCAGGGCUCACUCGCAGCACAAGCUGCUGGCUUUAAAUCCACAUAGCUAUCGCGACAUCAACAGCGAUGCCCAGGUGGUGCUGCACCAGGUGAUUACCUUGCUCCUAAGGCUGUUGAGGCCCGCUCGGGUCUAUGCUGAUAUAGGAGCCCAUGGCACCACCAAGCUGACCGCCUACUUCAACCUGCUCAGCUAUUGUAUGGUUUCAAAGACUGAAAAACUAAUGAUAGGUUCGUUCAUGCGCUCCCUGUGGGAGCUGUUCCAUCCCAGGCUAUCGGAGCCCAGUGUGCCGGCCCAUCACAACAAGCAUGCCUUGCUUACCUUCUGGCAUCACUCGCUGGUGGACUGUCCGGAGAAUGCUGCCCAGGUGGCCAACUGCCCGGAGAUUACCCGCAACAUAGCAUUUAAUUAUAUACUGGCCGACCAUGACGAUGCGGAGAUUGUCACCUACAAUCGUUCAAUGCUGCCUGCCUACUACGGUCUGCUGCGGCUGUGCUGCGAGCAGAGUCGCGCCUUAACCCGCCAACUGUCGCAGCACCAGAACCUCCAAUGGGCCUUCAAGAACAUCACUCCACAUCCCACCCAGUAUGCGGCCGCCGUGGAUGAGUUGUUCAAGCUGAUGGCUUUGUUUGCCACCCGUCAUCCGGAUGCCAGUGAGCAGGAGAAGCUGGAUGUGACCCAGUUCCGGAGGGCAGUGAUUGUGUCCUACACUAGCAGCCUAGAUGCGCGAGUGUCCUGGUCCACGCUGAUCAGUGCUUUGAAGAUACUGGUGGACAACGAGGAGGAUCGCACUAUGGUUAUCUUCAACGGAGGCAUUGAGAUGUGCUUUGAGGCCUUGCACACUCUACAUUCCAUGCACCACGAGGCCACCGCCUGCCAUGUGGCCGGAGAUUUGUUUGACCUUCUAGGGGAACUCCUGCUGCUCCUAGCCACUUUGCGCACCCGCACGGACAGUCCAGCGCAGAAAAAGCAGCAGCAGCAACAGCAACAGCUAGAGCAGCAGUUGCAGCUGCAGCAGCAGCAGAUGCUACAAAAGCAGCAGCAGCAACAGCAGCAGCAGCAGUCCCAAAGCCAGACGCAGGCUCCUCAAACGCCGCAGCAAAAGGAGAAGCAGCUGCAACAGCAAAUGCAGCAGCACCUGCAGCUGCAGCAGCUCCAGCAGAUGCAGUUCCAGCAGCAGCACUUCCUGCGCCAGCAGCACCAGCACUCUGCUCUGGCCAAGGCCCUCCCGGAUGCAGUCAAGCGGCUGGCCACGCUGCUCAACACCUUCAACUCGCCGGAGAUUAGCCGCAUGGCCUUGGAGGUGCUCAAGGAGCUGGUAAGAAAUACUAGCUUGGAGGCCAUUGGCAUCCUGGCCCCCAUCCUGAUCAACUGUCAUCUGUCUGUGGCGAAUGCCCCCAAUGCCAUUGGACCCCUGGGACCUUACUUCCCUCGUCGCGGAGCUAAGCACUCGCCCUGGCCCCUUGGGGCCAAGAACUCCCCGCGACCGCCGCGACCCAUGGUCCAGAUGUGCAUAGCUCUAGCGGAGCUGACGCCGCGCGGGUUGGAUGCGGAAUACGACGCCCAGGUGGAGGCCUUUUACAGGCCGUACCACGACUUUAUCGAUGUCAUGAUGCGCAUGUGUGUCAACACGGGCACGCUAAACGACACGCUGGUGAAGCUGCAGUGCCUGGUGGCCAUCGAGUCGACGCCGCUGCACUUUAACUACUUUCCGAAGUUCUGGGUGGGCAUCCACAACAAUGCCCUUACGCACAAAUACGUGGAUCUGCUGGUGAAAAACCAGUUACUGGUGGAGUACUUGCACAAUGUCCUUAGGGACGAGCGCAGCAUGCUCAAGGAUGCAUGUGUCCGCGAGUUUCUGGAGCUUUACUAUCACAAGGUGGCCGCCCAGCUGCCGGUGGCACGCAUGAUCUACACCAUCAACUACGGCAUGCACUCCAAGGAUGACAUUGACGAGCUGUGCGGGGAUCUGUUUGCCAUUCGAAUCAUUGCCCAGGCGACCGGAGUGCCCGCCUCGGUCAGGAAGGAGUUGCGAGGUUCCCUGAGAGCGCUGCAAAACAAGAGCGAAAGGUUCAGGAAGGAGUCGGAGAGAGCAGAUCAAUUCCCGAAUAAGAAGCAAAAACGCGACCCCCACAAGGACAAAGCAAAGGAUCUGGCAGAGCUUGCAGACGGCGACGAGGCCCUCGCACAGGUAGAUGGCGCCGAUAAGCCAGCGGAUGUUUCCAUGGAGACGGUUGGAAGCAGCAGCAACGAGCCAGAGACUUCCGAUGGCACGGCCAAACCGCCCACACCCGCCGGCAGCGACGACGAGCAGAUGGAGAAGACAUCGAUACCGUCAUCGGAUGACGAGACCGAACUAGAGGACGAGCUGGAACCCACACCGAAGCGCAACAAAAAGGCGUCCAACAAGAAGACUGCCCAGGAUCGUCUAAAUGAGGAUCGGGAAAAGCGCCUGAUCACUCUGAUAACCAUGGAAUCGUACAUUCAGAGCAUUUUCGCCAUUCUGAAGAGGGAUACGAGUGUGUCCAGUAAUAAAGAACCCAAUGAGGAGGCUUCUGGGGAGGCCUCCACAUCAGCGGCGGCAGCUUCAAAGGCGCCGCGGCCCAAGGGAGCCUGCACGCCGCCCGAACCCAUGCCCCCCGUGGUCAGCGAUACCAGGUGCAACAUGGAGACAGAGAGGGACAUGGAGACGGAGCCGCAAUCGCCAACGACCAGUCAGACCAACGGCAGCCAGCCAGCAGAAGAAUCCCCAGCAGCGAGCAGCAGCAGUGGAGAACCCGCACCAGCUUUGUCGUCGACCGUUGCCUCCACGUCCCAGGCAGCGAGUCCGACACAGAUUUAGUUGUCAUUCAACGAUUUGCUCAGCAUUUUGUUUUUCGGCAAGCCGCUGGACUGAUAAUGGGCACCGGGGGGCGGCGGCGGAGCUCCUAACUUGUAAGAAUUUUGUGGCCAAAGGUCAAUGUUACACAAUAUGUACUCGUAGGCAACCCAAGGUUGGUGCUAAUGGUGGGCUUGGGGGCGAAACACACACACGCAAGCUAUUUGUAUAUGUCUAUCCCGGGAGACGAGUCCUGGGGCUGGUAGACACUUGGUUAAGCUUAGCCUAGCAAGGUAACUCACAGAUUCAAUCACAUUCACGACCGAAACACACACAUAUAUUCAAUAUUUAGCGAUAAAUGUAACUAAGUUAAGACUUCCUCCAAGCACAAUAAUUCCCAUCCCCCUUUCAGAUGGAAGUUUACUAUAAAAACCAUUGGAGAAAAUUUGUUAUGCCAAAAAAAAAAAAAACAAUAUAAAACUUGUGAAUUAGAGGCAACACUAGAACUACAAAUUGAAUGUUUGAACAGGAGAGCGAGCGAACGGCUUACGAGACGCUAAUAUCUAUAUAUGUUGUAUUAGAUCCAUUAAGUAUCAUUUAUGAAACGAUGCUAAGAACAUUUGCUUACCCUCUUCUCUCGUCCUAGUCCCCACUCCCCCCCAAUGCACCAUAAAUAAUACAUACGUUAGAAGUGAACCGAUAUUAUUAUAAUAGAGCGUAAAGAAUCAUUUUAAAUAUUGGAUGUGUUGCAAAUAUGUCAUAAUCAUUUUCAAUUGUAAAUUGCAUAACCAAGCCGAUCGAACGGAAGGAGCAAAUGUAAUGUUUAGCACGUAAGGAGAGCGUUGUCCCAGGGUGAAACACAACAGGACAAAAAUGAUAAUGAUUAAACAAAUAAAUAAAUAAAAAGUGAACAAGCGGGUGGCGUAUAUUGAUAGUUCUAAGCACACAAAUAUAAACGAUCGAAAUCCACACACACCCAAUGUAAUGUUGAAAAACAAAAAUCAAUAAAAACAGAAAACAACACAAAAAAA